CCAAUUCCUAAUACAGCUACGGCUUUCUAAAAAAUAAAUGGAAUGAAAUCAACUUCUCAGAGAACUGAUGAGAGCAUGAGACAUUGUAGACGGAACAGAGGAAUCUCCGCUAGCAGAAACUGAUUUGUGGUAUUGAUUCUGUUGACAUUUCAGCGAUAGUCAAUGAAACAAAUUCUGAACGAUAAAGGGUGAAUAUUUCAGGUAUUUCAUUUGAACAGGUCCAUGUUUAAUGAAGCACAAACUCACCACAUUCUUGUGUCUAGAAUGAUGGUCAGCAACAUAGUGUCAAACACGACAGCUUAUUUCGAGGUAGUUUCUGGAUCACCCACAUGAAAUCAGUGCAGUUACAAUUGGCAAAUAAGUAAAGGCAUUUUAACAUCUACAUCAACCAAACACUGUUCUAACUGCGGUGCAGCAUUCUACAUUACAUCAUAACAACAAAUCUAUAUGGACCAAAGAGUAAACCUGCAAUCAAAACGCCAGGAAUCUAGCAACACUCACAUGAGAUGAGCAGUGUCCCACUUCCGCAGCUCCUCCAGCUGCUCUGUUCUCCGUUAUUUUCCCUGCUCAGUUCCAGAUUUAACAGUGGAGGGUCACGAUCGUCUCCACCAGCAGACGUGCAUCGGUCCUGCUGCAGAUUUCUUCUCUCGUCCAAUUUACAUGCAUCGACACACACUCUUUUGCAGACAGUCCUACUGUGUCCCUCGAUGUCAGCUGCUAGUAUGCAGCAGGUGUCUAAAGACAGGGGGCACCUCUGUGCUUGAGCCCCCCCACCCCCUCCUCUCUUCUCCCUCGUCUGGGUCCACCUUUGUGAAGAAGACUCUGAAGGUUGCUGCUGUGCUGCUGACUGACUUGUCGGGAGCAGUGCAGCAGCGGAGAUGCUAAGAUGGCAGCAAGCAAUUAUUUUGGAUUUACACAUGGUGCCGGCCCACAGUACAGUGCUCAGCCUCCACCAGCCUACUCCCACCCAUCAACUGCCAGCUACACUGUCCAGCAGGCUUCAGCUGUGGCCCACGCAGUGACUGCUUCUUACUCUCCAUCUCCAGUACAGGCCACCAGGCCUGUAGUCACUGCUGCUUAUCCUGCAUUUCAGGGUCACCAAGCACCACUGGAUUACACAUAUAGGCCACCAGACCCUCCGGUCCCCCCACAACCCACGACAACACCUCAGGCGUACCAAGUAUACCCUGAAACGCAACAAGAACCCUACAAUUAUGGCCCUCCGGCUGUCGUGACAACCUAUGACAAUAAACAAUACUACCAAACAAGUAUAGCUUCAGCACCGAGGACUGCGACAGAGAAUUACUACCAAGCUGUGGGUGUGAAGAGCACAUACAGUCCAACGAUUUCUACCGUGUAUAGCCAGCCGCCUCCUCUACAGAGGCAGGUUACAGCCCUGAAACCACUGGCCCCCUGCAGCUCGGUGUCCACCAGCUACAACAUCUACCCAGUGACCACCAGUGUCCAGCAGGUUCCCACACCUAUCUCAUCCUACACUCUUGGUUCAUCCUUCAGCUCCGCUGCUUCGGCCACCUCUUACCCAGCCAUCGGCUACUCUAGCUAUGAGUCCACUGGCUACACCACUACGUCCACCCCUUCCUAUUAUCAGCCAACUCUCUCUCAGCCUCCGCCACAUCAACCUCAACAGCUCCAUCAACCCCAGCUUGCCACCCAACUUCCCCCCAAGCAGCUGACCAGCUCAUCUUGGAGUAAUUCAGGGAGCAACAUGGUGACCACACCAACUGUAAACACCUACAAAAAGACUGCGUUUCACCAGAACAAGCUACAGAAGCCAAAAGGCCCUCCGAAACAGCCUCAGCUGCACUACUGUGACAUCUGCAAGAUCAGCUGUGCAGGCCCACAGACCUACCGGGAGCACCUCGAGGGCCAGAAACACAAGAAAAAGGAAGCAGCCUUGAAGACUGGGGGGCAGACACUUGCCAGUAAUGGACCCAAAGGAGUGCAGACCCAGUUACGCUGUGAGCUAUGUGACGUCUCCUGUACCGGGGUGGAUGCCUAUGCUGCUCACAUCCGUGGGUCCAAACAUCAGAAGGUGUUGAAACUUCACACCAAGCUUGGGAAGCCGAUUCCGUCCACCGAGCCUGUGUUGGUGAACAAUGCUGCAGUUGUUACGACUGCAACUGCUGGGAAACCUUCCCCCUCUGUGACGAUGUCCACUACUCUGAGCCUCUCCACUGCACCCCGACAGACUGCCAAUAUGAAGACCAAACCAACAGCACCAGUCAACAAAGCAGCUCCCAAUAAAAUUUGUGUCAUAACUAAUAAAAUGGUCUCCAGUGUGGAUCCGGUCAUCCCGGUGCUGCCUGUCGUGGAAGCUGUUAAAGCUGAGGAACCAGCAUCGCAGUUGUCUCACAAGUUGAAGGUCGAUCCACAAAGUGACGAUGAGGAUGAUGACAGAAGUGGUGGGCAAGGAGAUGUGCAGCCUGUCGGACAUGACUACAUAGAGGAGGUCCGAAAUGCAGAUGGGAAAGUGAUUCGUUUCCAUUGUAAAUUGUGCGAGUGCAGUUUCAACGACCCCAAUGCCAAAGACAUGCACCUGAAGGGGAGGAGACACCGACUUCAAUACAAGAAAAAGGUCAAUCCAGAACUUCCUGUAGAGAUCAAACCCAGCAACCGGGCAAGGAAGCUACAGGAGAGCAAGCUGAGGAAGCAGAAGCAGAGGAUGGUGCUGAAAAGGCAGAGAGACGAUGAGCAGCGGUGGCACAUGGAAAUGAGGCGGUAUGAAGAGGACAUGUAUUGGAGGAGGUUGGACGAGGAGCCGAUGUAUUGGGGGGAGCAGAGGCGCAGAUUGGUGCCUCCACCCCUGAUGGGCCAUCCUGGUAUGCCGGUGCCCCCUCUAUUGAUGUGUUUGAGACGACCAGACUCACCAGAUGACCGUCACAUCAUGGCUAAGCACUCAACCAUCUACCCUGGUGAGGAGGAGUUGCAGGCUGUUCAGCGGAUCGUCUCCCACUCUGAGCGAGCGUUGAAGCUCGUCUCUGACUCCUUGCUAGACAAUGAAACUCCCUCCACUCCAUCUGAUGCUGCUGAGAGCGAAGAUGAGAAAGGGACGGAGAACACCAGCCGACUGCUCAAAGGUGUAAUGAGGGUUGGCAUCCUGGCCAAAGGCCUGCUGCUUUGUGGUGACAGGAAUGUAGAACUCAUCUUACUGACAGCUAAGAAGCCCACGGUCACAUUACUGAACAACAUCGCGAAGCAGCUGCCUAAAGAAUUAGAGACUUUUUCUGAAGAUCAGUAUGAGGUGCAGGCUCACCCUGACGAGGCCAGCAUCGCGGUAUUAUCGAGCAAGGAGCCCAAAAUGCAGGUGACCAUUUCUCUCACCUCGCCGCUGAUGAGGGAGGACCCUGCCCCUGAGAUGGACAAGCAGGCAGGAGGAAAAGAGGCCGAGAAAGACGUGGCUGAGAAGGAUCCUCCUGAUCUUCUGAACAAACACAAAUGCCUGGAAUGUCUAGCUGCACUGCGUCAUGCUAAGUGGUUUCAGGCCCGGGCAAACGGACUGCAGUCCUGUGUGAUUAUCAUCCGGGUGCUCAGAGAUCUAUGUCAGCGGGACCCUGUCUGGGCGAAGAUGCCGCCCUGGGCUCUGGAGCUGCUGGUAGAGAAGGUGAUCAGCAGCACCCCGGGUCUUCUCAGUCCAGGGGAGGCCCUGCGCAGAGUUCUGGAGUGCAUAUCUACUGGCAUCCUUCUGCCAGGAGGACCUGGAUUGAUGGACCCCUGUGAGAAAGACCCCACGGAUGCUUUGGAAACCAUGUUGGUUCAAGCCCGAGAAGACAUCACUGCGAGUGCUCAGUCUGCUCUUCGGCUGCUGGCUUUCCGUCAGAUCAACAAGGUCCUUGGCAUGGAGUCCCUUCCUGCUUCCAAGGCCAGUGCUCGCAACCGCAAGCGCCGCAGAGACUUUGGUGACCCCGCAGAAGAAGAAGAAGAAGGGGACGGAAAAAAAGACAAGAAGGAGGGAGCUGCUUGACGCCUGUCUUGCAGGGUUUGCUGUUUAAAGACUGCUAGAAUGUUACUGCUCCUGCAACACAGCAGAACUUGAAGGUCAAGUGUUCAUACUUCAAGCGGACUGAAUUUCUGUGCUGCAAAAUAACUUCCCCCACUUCUUCCCCCACGUCCCAAAGUCAGUCGUCCAGUUGUAGCGCAUGAAUCAAACCCAUUUUACGUCCCCCAUUUCUGUUUAUCUCAUUCAGCCAUUUAUUCUGCAACCGCCACCGUCAACUCUAAGAACCAUAUCUGGUUACUUUAACCAUAAACCCUCCUUAUGGCAGAUGUUCUUCCAUUUAUCUGUACUUAUCUGUAAUGUGGGGAGGACGGUGGGAAGAGUCUUCUUUCACAGUACUGUAUCGCUGGCUGUGCCUACAUAGACUUGGCAAUCAUGAGACAGUAGCUCAAUAGUUUAUACCUGUAACCUGUUUUACAUUCAUAACCAAAAACUAGACGAUGAUGCAGACAUUGGAGCCCUGAGGCCCUUUGCCUUUGAGCACAGCAUGGCUGCAGGCCGUGGCACUUUUUAAGUGAAUGAUGUGAACUAGGGAGGCCCAACUGAUCACGAGUGUUAUGAUCCCUCUGUUAAAGCGUGGCUGGAUUUAGGGCAUCCUAAAUGUGGGAUGAGGUUUUUUGGAGGGGUCAUAUAAUCAUCUGCCAUUAGAAUAUCUGUUUGAAGGUCAGAGAAGUUAAAGGAUUUUGAGAAACCUCCAGUACGAUGGGGUCAGCGUUUUAUGUUUCUCAGCCGUGGUAGGUAUGUCACACACAACUCUGAACUCAGCGCAAAAUACAAAAUAAUAUAAUAACAAUAAUUAUUAUUAUCUUAAGAUGGCCUCCCAACUUUGACUGAGUUUGUCCCCUUGUUUGCUUGCUUUCCUUUAGAAGCUUUAAAGGCACCAAAGCAUCCCAGAAUGAAAGAGCUCCAGGUGUUUGUCUGAUCUUGUCAUUGCAAAAGACUGACGGUACAAUGAUCAUCGUGUGUUGAAUGUCGGUGCGGUAAAAGUUGGUACGGGUGAAAUGCCAUAAUGACAGUAACACUGUUGAGAGAAAGCAGAGCCUUUUAAGUGGUAAAUAAGAAGGGAGACGGAACUCUUGACUGAUUUUGUUCCUCCACGGAGCGAGUCAUAGGGACACGCUUCAGUACUGUAUCUUGUGUAUUUAAGAGCCAGAGAGACAAUUGGCCAGCAGAUUUGGCCCAUGCAAGGCAGCCGAUGUGCAGUUGUAUUUAACGUCUUAGAGGCUUAUUAAUAUUAUUUUUUUUAAGGAUGUUGCAAUCUAAUUUGUUUUAGUCACACUGAGAUUUUAAAUUCCACUGUUACACAUGAGUUGAAUGUCUUUGUAGUGAUGCAUAUUAUUAUGGGGAAAUAUUCAAAUAAAACUUUAAAUCCAG